GUUCUAUCGGGGUUUCUGGGGGCGGGAAAGACCACGCUGCUGCAGCGCAUCCUGGCCAACCAGCAAGGCCUGAAGGUGGCGGUGAUAGUGAAUGACAUGGCGGAGGUGGGAAUCGAUGCGGAGGCGGUGAGAGGCGGGCAGUCCACAAUCCAGCAAUCACAGGAUCACGUUGUGGAGCUAAGCAAUGGCUGCAUCUGUUGCACGCUGCGCGACGAUCUGCUGCAGGAAGUGGCAGCACUGGCAGCUGAGGGGCGCUUUGACUACUUGCUGAUUGAAUCAACAGGCAAGCAACCCUGCAUCAGCGAGCCCAUGCCGGUGGCGGCCACUUUCUUCACGCCUGACAACAUGGGGCGUUCCCUCAGCGCCUUCGCCAAUAUUGACACAAUGGUAACGGUGAUAGACGCAGAUGCGGUGUCAGCAGAGCUGGCGGCUGCCGAGCGGCUGGCCGAGCGCGCGAUGGCGGCCGGGUCGGGGGACACGCGCACGAUCGCUGACCUCAUCAUGGACCAGAUCGAGUUUGCUGACACGCUGAUACUGAACAAGUGCGACCUGGUGUCCCAGGAGGAGGUAGGUCGUCUGCAGGCAGUGUUAGCAAAGCUGAAUCCCAAGGCUCGCAUCAUCCCUACAUCGUUCUGCCAGGUGGCGCUCUUUGAGGUCCUCCACACGCGCAGGUUUGCGCUGGAAACAGCGGCGCAGGCGGCGGGCUGGCAGGCUGAGCUGGCGGGGGCAGGGCACGCCCCCGAGACGGAGCAGUACGAAGUUUCCAGCUUUGUGUACCGGUCUACAACAGCGUUUCACCCCCUGAGGCUGUGGCGCCGCGUGCUUGAAGAUAACGCUCUUCCCCCUACUCUGCGAUCCAAGGGCUUCUUCUGGGUGGCGAAUCGGCCAGAGGUGGUGUGGGAGUGGUCAACCGCAGGAGCCUCGCGAAGGUUCGCCCCAUACGGGCGCUGG